CAUCUCCUAUCAUGCCCCCAAAGUCCUACAAAUUAAUAAGUUAAUCCAAUUUGCAAGCACACCAUACAACUUUGGGUUUCCAUAACUGCUCAUCUUCUCUUCUGUCUUCCUGGGAUGUCUGUCAUGAAUAGAUCUGCCAGGAAAAUGCUCAUGUACUCUUCAAGAACCCAAUCAAUCAGAACCUCCAUGAACCUCUCACCCAAAGCGUCCCAUCAUAUAGGUGGCAAUUUCAGUAGCCUCUUAGCAUUCAUGAGCCUACUAUUUCCAGAGGUAGCUAUUAUUCUCUGCUGAGGAUCCCAGGUAACCUGCAUGUUUGCUGAGGCACAAAUUUGAAUCAUUAGUAUAUUAAAGGUGGUGAAAUGCCCUGGCUUUUCCUUUCCUUCCACCCACCCUAUCAACCAGGGCUUCACAUGAGCCAAACCAAGCCUAGCAGGAAGCCAGUUAGCAAAGAGAGCCUGAGACGAUGUAGCCGGUUGGACCAUCCCAAUGAUCAUACAGAGCAGAACAAGCAAAAACGGACCUAGGAUGGUGGAGGAAAUGAUCAGCUCUGCAGAACUUCCUAGGAGUCAGCAAGAUCACAGGGAAUGGGACACUCGGUUAGAAUGCAACCAAGAGAUGGCAUAUUUUAUCAUGUUCCAUUCAUAAGAAACAUAUUUUUUCUUUUCUUUUGGAGAGUACUAAGCUGUCUCUGUUAAGUCAAGGGCAAAUAAAUCUAUGCACCUACAUAAUGGUUUUCAUAUUAGAAGAUAAUGAAGAUGAAUGGAGGAAUAGAAUAAAAGUGCUACUGUGAUGACAGGAUGCCACAGCCCCCAUCAACGCAGGAAGUGAGUGAUUCAUUCCUGCUGCAGAAAUCAGGCAGAAAGACAGGUGGCAGACUCAGCUGUCCGCGCACAUUCUCAUAGUGUCUCUGUGAUAAAAACCAUUUCUGACACACACUUGACCUAACUUGUGGGCAGAUUCAGCCCUCAGAAGGAUCAGAAAGCUGUGGGUGGAGCUGCUAUUCUCAACUUACUUCUGAUUCACUGGGAGGAACUGAUUGGGGAAGUGGGAGUGAGAGGCAUUGUAAGAGGAAAUUCUUAUGUCAUCGUUAUGUUCACAAAAGCUAGGAAUGGGAAACUGAGUCGUGCUGAUAAAUUUUGUGGUUUACAAACAGAGAUUUCACAAAGUUUAAAGGAGAGUUGGAGUCUAUAAAAAGUGCUCUCGUUCCCAUCAAACAGAAUGGGAAGUUCUUGAAAAUGGGGUUCUGACGCCACAAAUAAGUCAGUAGCUAAGAGGGAGAGGUAUCACAAGCAGGUGUGUCUGCACCUUUGCAAUGAACUCACAGCUGGGCAGCACACAAAUACGGGUAAGGGCUCUAGAGGCUUAAGUGUACCCCAAACAGUGUGCUGGAUCUGUGUGAAUAAUGCCUAGAAGCCUACAGCCCAGGAGAAGGGUAUUUUACAAAUAAAACAAAGCUAAAUAAAACCAUAAAAUACCCUUUUAAAGGUACUUUUGGAACACAAUGUGGUUGACUAGCAGCAAAAAAAAAAAAAAAGAAAAGCAAACCUACUAAAGUCCUUGACUAUGGGAGCGAUUAAUUUACAUCAGCUGAACACCUAAAGGCUGUAAGACAGGAAGAGGAGACCAGCAUUAAAAAGCGGGACUGGAUCCUGAAGUCAAUUCGGCGGUCAUAAGGGCGCACCUGGAUCUUCUAUAGGCAUUUUCUUUUCCAAUCUGGAGGACUCCUGUGCCACACUAUGGUUAUAAGUUAAAUGCAUGUGAGAUUAUUUGUGAUCACCUUCAAGCACUCAGGAGAACUGAAGAGGGCUGGACAAAGCUGGUAGAUAAUGUUGGUCCUUGGCUUCACAAAACAGAGAAGGCAGUAGACUUCUCCAGCUAUGAAGCUGUGGGCUCCAGGGCCAUUUGAGCGAUGAUUGCUCUUGGAAUUCUUUGCAAGAUGGUGUAUCUUAGCCAAAACGUUGUCAUGCCCAGGGUCCAGUUUGGGUUCCCCAAGACAAGCUAUGUCAGUUUAGCCAUAUUCCUUAUGUACUUGGCAGGGCUAUUAGACUAGAAAAUUAGAAAAAGGCAGGGUGUGGUGGCUCACGCCUGUAAUCCCAGCACUUUGGGAGGCCGAGGCGGGCAGAUCACCUGAGGUCAGGAGUUGGAGACCAGUCUGGCCAACAUGGCGAGACCCCAUCUCUACUAAAAAUACAAAAAUUAGCUAGGUAUGGUAGCACAUGCCUGUAAUCCCAGCUACUCGGGAGUCUGAGGCAGGAGAAUCGCUUGAACCCAGGAGGCGGAGGUUGCAGUAAGCUUAGAUUGCACCAGUGUACUCCAGCCUGGGCAACAAGAGCAAAACUCUGUCUCAAAAAAAAAAAAACAAAAAACCCAAAACCAAACAAAUAGAAAAACCACCACCACCACCACCACCAAUAACAAAAAUAAAAUUAGAAAAAAACUGUUGCAUGGAUCUGAAUUUCAAAUAGGGAGUUGACAAAUAAUGACACCUUUUUAGCAAGAAAAAAAAUUUGUGCCUAAGAGGAUGACAAGAAAAUAGUUAAAUGCCUGCACACAGGAGCCACAGUUGAUGGAUUACCACCAAACAGGAGUAGGCCCCAAGAUUCCCUCCGUGCCUGUCCUGAGCAGGAUGUUUGCUAAGAAGUUAAACCAGGAUAAGGAUUGAACAGAGGUUAAGCUAAUAGAUGACUUAAAGCAGAGAGAAUGACAAAUCUUAUAAAUCAGUGUUUCCUAAACACCAGUCAUUCAUGUACUGCCUUCACAAUGUUUGCUGCCAAGUAUCACACAGGAUCGUGAAUUUUCCUUAAAUUUACUCUCUUUUCAACUUAAAUCUAUAGCAGAAGAAGCUAAUGGAUAUGAUGUGCUAAUUACAUCCUUGCUAUGGCUCCAUGACUAUGAAAACAGGGAAGGGCCACCCCAGGGAAUCACUAAGGGUGUGACUUUGAGCAGUUACUUAGUUACCCGUGCCUUAGUUUCCUCAUCUGUAAAAUGGGUAUUGAAUGAAAUAGUUCAUGAAAAAGCACUUCUUAGCACAAUGUGUGUAAUAUAAUAAAUGAUUAAUAAAUGCUAGCUAUUCUCAUAAUUAUUUAUUAUUAGAAUUUUUUUAAAAUCCUGGUUUACUAAGGUCAAGAUAAAAUGUAUUCAUGCAAAUAGUCACUCACCUCCUUUUACAGAGUACAUUGUUUAGAAAUUAUAGCAUACUAAAUAAAUGCAUGCAAAGCACUUUGCAAGUUAAAUUAUUGUUAAAAAUAUUAACCAUAAUAAUGCAUAUAUUAGCAUGAGCAACAAAGACUGAUUAUAAAUCAUACUUUUAUGCUAUAAACUAAAUUCAUAAGAAUUGAACAAUGAAAUAAAAUUAUUACAAAAUGCUAAUCUGAGUUCCAGCUAGAAAUCUUCAGGGCUAUACCUACAAUGAUUGUUGUAACAUGCUUUGGAAAGAUAGGACCAGAUGAAAUAAUUAGGAUACAAAAUACAACUCAACUGGCUGAGACAACAGGCUCACAAAUGAGAGUAGCAGAAAUAAAUGCAAAAUCCUGUGAGUGGGGUUACGGAAAACAUCGCUUGAGGGUGCACUGAGGCAAGGUGCAGCCUACUAGAAACACACAUGAUAGCGUCUUUGGUUUGAAGCUCAGUGACAGAGUUGCCCGAAUCCCUGAUGAGCGUUUGGGCUUAUCCAAGGCAGUAUCCGUAUUGGUGGAAGUCCUACUCUGCGUGUCCUCAACCUUCAGUGAGAAUGAAGGGCUCAGCUUAAGUGAGCACCCAUGGUGGGAUUUUGCAACACUGGAUUGAGGUAAGGAAAGAACCCAGGAAGUGAGAGAACAGGAACCUGGCCACAAAAGGCCUAGCUGAAGGGCCUAGAAAAGUUUAGGUUAACAGAGGACUGGGAAGGGGAGAGGAGUAGGGCAGGACAGCUGUCUUCUGAAAGCGAGGCUCCAUCUGCCUGGCUCAAGCUAAGAAAGACCUAUCUAAUGAUCAGAGCUGCCCACACAUGGCAUGGACUGCUCUGGAGGCAGAGGGCCUCAGACAGCUGGGUGACCCUAGGACAUCAACCAGGUAGCAGGGCUGCCAAGAAAGGUUUAGUCCUAGAUCAGAUUUCCUAGAGGCAGAGCCUGAAGUAGAGAUUCAGAUGCACAAGGCACAUUGGGAGGGUCUUGUAUGGAAGUGAGGAAGGCAGGUAGGAAAGGAGAAAGAGCAGAUCAAGCCAGUGGUUGCAGGGAAAGUCUAGCCUGGUCUCAUCCCCAGGGAUCUCGAGAGCAUGACUCACACCCCACAGUUAUCCCACUGGCGGCGAGGCGAGCCAUGCUGACUGUUAUGCUUUGGUGCCAGUCAGUGUGUCUGAGUGUGUCCUGGGCGAGGAGGUUCUCGUGGCCUCGAGCAGGACUUGGAGAAGAGGGCCACUGAGAGCCGUCAUAUUCAACUCCCACCAUGGCUGGAGGAGGAGAUCUGGGUGGAUCAGCAUCCCAACAGUGAUAUAAGAGGGUGGCCUUCGAAUGCUCCUCUCCACCUGGAAAUGAUCAUCGGCAGGACCUAACCGAGUUUCUGUAACUAAUGUCUUCAGUUCAUUUUUCAAAAACUCUUCUAGACCAUUUUCCUUCUCCUUGGCUCCUGUUGCGUCCCUGCCAGCCAGAACUCAGGAAAAUCUCUCUUUUAGAGAUUCUAAGAAGUUCCUGCAAUGGUUACACAGUCCAUGUCACACAGGGAGGAUCCAGGUCUCAGGGGGCCUUAGAUUCAUUCUAUUCUGGAAGCCCUCUUUAGGAGAAAGGAUACGAAAUUACUAAUGCAAACUGCCCACAGGACUGGGAGGGAUCUGGGCAGAAGAAGGGCCUUGAAGGACACGAGUGUCACUAGAUACACCAUAAAUCUACAUCUGCCUGCGUUAAUUUUUGCCUUAUCCACAGAAUACUGUACUAUUAUUUAAAAACAAAUAUACCUAACACCUUAAAUAAUAAUAAGGAUGAUGAAAUCACAAUUUGAUGUACUAGGUACAUGUAUUUUGAAUAAUCUUAAAAUAAACCCCUAAGCCCAAAAAAGAUGUUCCAUCUAAAAUUAUCUCAUGUUCACUCAAGGGCACAGGUGCCUCCCGCUGAUAAGGCGUGGUAGCAAACUGUGUGGGAAGCUUCCUUCUCUGCCGUAGGCUUGUUCUUACAGGAAGGAAAGGGAAAGGCCAUUGGGAGGGAGCCUAGGUGAAGCUCUUGAAAUAGAAUCUCACUCAGGUCCAGCAUGCAAAUAACUUUUAUACAAUUAACUCAUACCAGUCCCUGGGGGGCCAUAGAAGCAGGCAGAGCAGCUCUCUCAGCUUUCGGCUCGGAGGAGGCCAAGGUGCAACUUUCUUCGGUCAUCCUGAAUCUGGGUUCAUCUGACACCAGCCGCCUCCACCAUGCUGCCGAAGUUCGACCCCAACGAGAUCAAAGUCGUAUACCUGAGGUGCACCGGAGGUGAAGUCGGUGCCACUUCUGCCCUGGCCCCCAAGAUCGGCCCCCUGGGUCUGUCUCCAAAAAAGGUUGGUGAUGACAUUGCCAAGGCAAUGGGUGACUGGAAGGGCCUGAGGAUUACAGUGAAACUAACCAUUCAGAACAGACAGGCCCAGAUUGAGGUGGUGCCUUCUGCCUCUGCCAUGAUCAUCAAAGCCCUCAAGGAACCACCAAGAGACAGAAAGAAACAGAAAAACAUUAAACACAGUGGGAAUAUCACUUUUGAUGAGAUCGUCAACAUUGCUCGACAGAUGCGGCACCAAUCCUUAGCCAGAGAACUCUCUGGAACCACUAAAGAGAUCCUGCGGACUGCCCAGUCUGUGGGCUGUAAUGUUGAUGGCCGCCACCCUCAUGACAUCAUAGAUGAUAUCAACAGUGGUGCUGUAGAAUGCCCAGUUAGUUAAGCACAAAGGAAAAUAUUUCAAUAAAGGAUCAUUUGACAAAAAAAAAGAAAAAAAAAAAGAAGCAGGCAGAGCAGAUGUUACCACCAUUCACUCACUUGCUCAGAGAAUGCCAAACAACCAUGAAAGAGUAAGAUGAGAACUUCAUUCAGUCCUCAGAUUCCAGGGCAUGAACACUUUCACUACCUUCUGCUUCUUCAGCACGUUCACUGCCAGUUAGCUUUGACAUUAAGGUGAUAAACUUCAGCAAGCAGCAAUGUCUCCUUGCUAUGGCUCUAUGACUAUUAAACCAGGGAAGGGCCAUCCCAGG